AUGAUGAUCGUCCCUGUUGCCACGGCACUCGUGCUCUUGGCACCGCUGUGCUGGUGUGCGACUGUCUACGAUGCCGUCAUUGUUGGCGGCGGCCUUUCGGGCCUCUCGACGGCGAGAGAGCUAGCCAAGGCUGGUAAGUCCUUCGUCGUCCUCGAAGCACGGAAUCGAACGGGAGGCAGGGUGCACAAUGCUCAGCUCGCCAACGGCGGCUACACUGAAGUGGGCGCCGAAUUUGUCGGACCGACGCAGGACGAAGUCAUCAAGCUGGCUUCGGAUCUGGGUUUGAAGCUCUUCGACACUUACAACACGGGCGACAAUGUCAUAUACCAGAACGGCAAGGCAUCGACGUACAGCUCAAGUACCCCCGUCUUGGGUGCCGUGCCGCCCCAGGAUCCCGUCACACUCCUGCAACUCUUGUCUUUCAUCAAUGACUUCGACAACAUGGCGUCGCAGAUCAACGUCAACAAUCCCUGGAAUGCUACCAACGCGGCCAAAUGGGACAGUCAGACGUUUUCCCAGUACCUCGAUGGCAGGCUCCUCACCCCCGCUGCGCGCUUCCUCAUCGAGGAGGCCUCUGCGUCCAUCUUUUCGGCAGAGACUGACGAGCUUAGCCUGCUCUAUGCCGUUUCGUACGUUGCUGCUGCAGGCAAUGCCACGACCAAGGGUUCUUUUGAGCGGCUCAUCGAUACUGCUGAUGGAGCCCAGGCACAGCGCGUGGAAGGCGGCACCGAACUUCUUGCUAGUCAGCUGGCGACCAAGCUUGGCUCGCAGAACAUCAAGCUGAACUCACCCGUUCGAAGCAUCCAGAAGUCAGGAGCAACGUACAACGUCGUGACGAGUGGUAAGACGACAUACACAGGAAAGCACGUCGUCGUUGCCAUGUCACCCCCUCUGGCUGGUCGGAUCUCGUAUGAGCCCAAGCUUCCGGCGUCGCGAGACGCAUUGACGCAGCGCAUGCCGAUGGGCAGCAUCGGAAAGGCCAUUGCAGUCUACGACAAGCCCUUCUGGAGACAGUCGGGCAAGACGGGCCAGGCCAUCUCGGAUCGGGGCAAUGUUCGGACGACGUUUGACAACUCGCCCUCCGACGGCCGUUUCGGCGCGCUGAUGGGCUUCAUCGAGGCAGAUCAGAUGCGCGCUCUGGACAAUGCUACGGAGCAGGAGCUCAUCAAUGCUAUCCAGCCGGACUACGUCAACUACUUUGGCCAAGAGGCCAAUAACGUCCGACAGUGGAUCUUCCAGCGGUGGGAUCUCGAAGAAUAUUCGCGCGGUGGACCCACGGCCACAGCAGGCCCUGGCGUGUACACGACUGUGGGACCUGCUCUUCGGGCCCAGGUGGGUGCGCUGCAUUUUGCAGGUACCGAGUCGGCCGAUUAUUGGGUUGGCUACAUGGACGGUGCUAUUCGCUCGGGGCAGCGAGCUGCAAAGGAGGUCCUGGCUUCUUUGUAA